AUCUUGGCAGCGGCCCAACUUCACCGUGCGCUGGUGUGUUGGACCCGACGAUGGCCGAGUUCUCCCAUUCCAGAACUCUCGGCGCUGCAAUUGUUUCUGAAAUGGGUGAUUUGGAGGCCUCUCGAGUCCGCGAAACGUGCUCGAGCCCUGCCCACCUCGUUGGCGCCCCAUUCCCGAUGCCUAAGCGACUGCGCUGGACUCGGCACCCGUCGAUUAAGGAGAGCACUCCCGAGACGGAUACACAGUGGCGUGCUCCGGAAAGAACUGUAUGGAUGCGAAACCGACAGAGGGAUUCGCAGGGCGAUCUGCUGACGGACGGAAAUGUCGAUGAGUACGCGUGGUACCAAUAUACAACAAAUGAAACCGAAAUUGGUCGCUUCGGCAAGGCGCGCCCAGACGGGACAGGCCGCACUCCUCCACCGACCCCAGAUCCCGAGAAACCUAGGUCUAGUUAUUCCGUAUUCCGUAAAGGCAAGGCGGUUCUGGGCUCGCCUGGCGGGGCGACCGGUCCACCAUACAGCGCAUGCACCGUACUGUAGUGUACAUACAUACGGACGUACACAAUCCACUAGACUCCGGC